UAGAGUUGACAUUUGCAUAAAUGAAUGUUUUGGGGAAAUAAGAAGAUUUACGUAACAGAAGAAAAACAAAAGAAGAUUUUAACCUCAGAGACAGAGAGAGCCCAUAGACUCGAGAGAAGAUCGUCUUCAAGAUUGAAACUUUACAAAGUAAAACUCCUUUGUCCUUUCCAAGUUUCCACCUUUGUUCUCUCCAAACAUAUAUUAUACUAAUAGACUAGAGAACAAGGCCAUAAAGUUUUUAACUUUCUCCCAAAACGAGAGAGAAAGAAUCUCAAACGACGACCAUUUUCAAAGUCAAUUGCUGUUCUAUGAUUACAGAGUUUGUUUCUCUGUCAUAAUCUCUUCUAGUUGUGGUUUGGUACAGACGAACAAUCUUCUAUUGCAGUUUGUUGGGCUCUCACUUUCUCUUUUAGCCGAUUUGAUCUUCGUUUCUUGUGUUUGACUUCACUUAAAGCAACCUUUUUUAUUGAUCUUCUUGUCUCCUUUAUGUUCUGAUGAAUCGGCAUUGUGAAACCACACGAGAUUUUGGGUUGUGAUAUGAAUAAUCUGGGGAAUUUCGGGGUUUGGGGAUUAGGGUUCUUCUCCUUAUCGAUUUGGUUUGCGGUUUUGCAACAAGCUAAUGGACUCAGACCCAUUAGGGAGACUGCUCGAUCCUGGGGCGAUGAGUGGCGCUUUGGCAAGAAAGAAAAAAGCGGAGCAGGACCGUUUUCCGCAUGGAACAUAACAGGAACAUAUAGAGGCUCAUGGAACUUUCUAGAUACUGUAAAUAGCUCUUCAAAGUUCCCAGAUUUCAGAAAAGAAAGUGGUAACUCUGUCAUUGAGUUAGUGACAAGUCCAACAAAAAUAACUGGUGUGCAUUAUGUUCAGGGUGCAGUUGUUUUCCAUGACGUAUUUGACAAUGAACACAAUGUGGGUGGUGCCCAAAUUAAAGUUGAAGGUGUAUAUAUUUGGCCCUUUAGACAGCUCCGUCUUGUUGCUAACAGCGGAAAGAAGGGUGAUUCAGGACUAGAAGACGAUUAUCUUCUCUCCAACCCCUAUCAUCUGCUCGGUAUUUUUUCCUCCCAAGUAUUUCAAGAAUCUCCAAGAGACAGAAUAUUGAAACAGAAAACUUCUCCAAUAUAUGAGAUGGAGAAGCACUGCAAUAUCGAAAUAGCAGCCCAAAUAUCCCAAAGCGCUUCUAGUGAAAACAAUGGGGACAAAGAUCGUUAUCAUAUCGAAGGAUUGAUGGAAAGUCCUGCAGUAGAUGAUGACGGAGAUUGUUUUUCGCCAUUGUCGCUGAAUGCAACCUCCAUAAACGUUGAAGUCUACUAUAACAAAGCUGUGAACUAUACAUUGAUGGUCACUUUUGUCUCGUUCCUCCAGGUUCUUUUAUUGAUCCGGCAAAUGGAGCACAGUAACACACAAUCCGGUGCUGCAAAGGUCUCUAUAGUAAUGAUCGGGCAACAAGCCAUCAUGGAUUCUUAUUUAUGCCUUUUACAUCUCACAGCUGGGAUUUUAGUUGAAUCCCUUUUUAACGCUUUUGCAACAGCUGCGUUCUUCAAAUUUGUAGUGUUUUCGAUAUUUGAGAUGAGGUAUCUUCUGUCCAUAUGGAAAGCAACCCGGCCUUCAACCAGCGGUGAGGGCUGGGAAACAAUGAGGCGUGAGCUCUCCUUUCUGUACAGCCGUUUCUAUGGUAUCCUUCUUGGAGGCAUAUUGUUAAUGUAUGAGUUCCACAACUACAUGCGGCCGAUCCUCCUACUCAUGUACUCGUUUUGGUUUCCCCAGAUAGUUGCAAACGUUGUUCGUGAUUCUCGAAAGCCCCUGCAUCCUUACUAUAUCCUGGGGAUGACUGUUACACGACUUGCUAUACCAUUGUAUGUUUUUGGUUGCCCGAAGAACUUCAUGCGUGUAGAGCCCAGCAAGGCCUGGUGUGUAAGCCUGUGCGCAUUCAUGGGGUUUCAAGCUGCUGUUCUUCUUCUUCAGCAUUAUUUCGGGUCUCGUUGCUUUGUCCCUCGGAAGAUGCUCCCUGAGAAAUACAGCUACUACAGAAGAUUGGAUCAUAAUGUAAACCGAAGCAGGGACUGCGUAAUCUGCAUGACCACGAUUGAUCUCAGACACCGUAUUAAUGAUUGCAUGGUAACGCCGUGUGAGCAUAUAUUCCACUCGGGUUGCUUACAGAGAUGGAUGGAUAUAAAGAUGGAGUGCCCAACAUGUCGUCGCCCACUUCCUCCAGCUUAAGCUUUGGUUCCCUCGGAAUCGUCUAUUAACUGCACCCACAUUUAAUUGUAGGUAACAGCUGCUCAGGUUCUGCCGAUUAAACUGAAACAUAUUUGGGUGCUUCUUUGGUUUCAGGGCUUGGAAAGAUAUUAGAUGAAAACAGAGCAUAGAUAGACAUAGUAUGAUGAAUUGUGUAAUAAGUCAAUCUCUUUAGUGCAUAUUCAUUGGCCAUUCUUUUAAUAAAAUCCUCCAACAUAUAAACAAUCA